AUGUCCCACAUCCAGGACCUCCCCACCGAGCUUCUGAACCGAAUCUUCGAAUUCCUCGCCGAACCGGACAGUGACACGAUUGAACGCGACCGGAGCUGCAACACCACCACUGAACUAUACAAUCUGUGCCUCGUCUGCCAGCGGUUCAGGGACCUCGCCCAGCCGCUUCUGUUCCGCUACAUUGAUGGCGACAAUAUUGACGACCUCAAAUCGCUAAUCUCGCUCACCAAAGCUGUCUAUCGUCGCCCCACGCUGGGAGAACUCGUCAAGUUUGUUACUGUCACGCUGUCUUUAUAUGGUCUGCCCGGCGAGAACCCCCCGAAACUUCCCAGCGAUGACCUAAAGCUCUUUGCGAAUGUCGUUCGAGAAUUGGAAUUGCCACACGAGGAGGAAGAACGUUGGAUUCGCGCGGUGGAAACGCAGGACCUCUCCGUGUUCGUGGUGCUGCUGACUUUCAAAACACCGAAUAUCCGCGUACUGCGUGUGGCACACGGCCAGGUCUUCGUGCAGCCGUUCCUUGCGCUCUGGAAAAAGCACCCGUCGUACCUAUCCAGCCUCUACCAAAUAUGGAUUGCCUGCGAUUCUGUAUUCCCCGGGUACAACAUCGCGAUCUACGAAAAAUUUCUCACUCUCCCUAAUCUCAAAGCAUCCACAUUCGUGGAUGGCGAACUCGUGCGCUCUAAAUACCCCUCAAGCUGGGCACCUGGGACCCUUGCUGCGGAGGAGCUGGCCUUCAAGGAUUGCUUCAUUGAUGCCAUCUCCCUCAAGAAACUUAUCCAAGCUUGCAAGAAAGUCAAGGCAUUGACAUACCAGGGCUUCUCUGCCAUGCCCAACGGCGACUCCCAUAUCCGAUACGGCAACGAGAAGGAGUUCCAUGCCGCCGAUGCCCACGCGGCCCUUCUUCCACACAAAGCCACACUCGAGCACCUCCACGUGGAGUUCUUCCGCGAGCCAUGGCUCAUUGACGGCCAAGCCUACGCCGAGUACUGCGCAAGCACACCCAAACUCCCCUCUCUCGAUGACUUUCCCGUCCUAGAAACAGUCAUCGUCCCGUACGCAACUCUCCCGCCGCACCCGCGUUUCCCAUCCUCCAUCCAACUCCUCCACAUAACAGACUGCAACUCCUCCAUCCGCGAGAUGCUGUCCAACAUCGUGAAAGACGUGAAGAAAGGACUCUACCCGAAUCUCACCAAGUUCCUCGUCCUCGCCAUAGAUGUUUCACGCCCAGUCAAGCUUGCCGGUCAGAUUAUUCCGCAAGGUAAAACUCCCUCGGACUGUAUCCAGGAACUGCAGGGCUGGUUUAGCGGGACGAAGGUCGAUUUUCAGAUCUGCCCGUACGAUUUGACUCCACCACGCGGACGCCCGGAUGAUGAUGACGACGAUGAUGGUGAUGACGAUGACCUCCCCGGGUUUCCUGGUGGACCGGGGAUGCCGGGGAUGCUACAGAUGAUGAUGAUGCAGCAGGCGAUGGACGACCCGGGUUUUGCGGCGAUGCUUCAGCAUGCGGCGGCUGAGAGUGACAGUGAUGAUGAGUCUUGGGUGACUGAUACUGAUGACGAUGACAUUGAAUGA